CCAUCGUUGACAUGGUGACUCAACGCUCUACAGAGGUGGAGCAGCCUCGCUUAUAAACUGAACAGACGAUGUGCGUGUUGGAGUUUUUAUCCGAGUGCGUGUGUGUGUACGUGUGUGUGUGUGUGAGUACGUGUGUGAAAAACAGAAACUGACUUGAAGGAGCGAUUUAUUCCACUUGGUUUGAAAAGAGGACUGAAUUACGAUGUGUGGGAUUUUUGCCUACCUAAACUACAGAGUUCCCCGGACGAGGAAGGAGAUCUUAACUAUACUCGUGAAGGGACUGGAGAGGCUGGAGUACCGAGGUUAUGACUCUGCAGGUAUUGCGGUGGAUAGUACUGGGAAAAAUGACAAACAAAGCAUCUGCCUGUUUAAGAAGAAGGGAAAAGUGAAAGCGCUGGAUGAGGAGCUGUACAAGAAUGACGCGAUUGAUUUGGAAAUGGAAAUGGACACACACUUUGGCAUUGCUCACACUCGCUGGGCGACACAUGGAGAACCCAGCGCGGUCAACAGCCACCCUCAGCGCUCUGACAAGAACAAUGAGUUUGUGGUGAUCCACAAUGGCAUUAUCACUAACUACAAAGAACUGAAAGCGUUUCUGAUCUCCAAAGGCUAUGAGUUUGAGUCAGAGACAGACACUGAAGUUAUCCCCAAGCUGAUCAAGUAUCUUUAUGACAACCGUGAGAGAGAUUAUGUGUCCUUCUCCACCCUGGUGGAGCGUGUCAUCAAGCAGCUGGAGGGGUCUUAUGCUCUCGUUUUCAAAAGUAUUCACUUCCCAGGACAGGCUGUCGUCACCAGGAGAGGAAGUCCUCUGCUCAUUGGUAUCCGAAGCCAGUAUAAGCUCUCCACUGAGGAGAUCACCAUUCAGUACAACGGAGACUCAAGAGAUGUUCAGAGUAAGAACUACAUCAACAAGGUGGAUAACAGCAAUGCCCUGCACUCUGUAAAUGACAGGAUGGCUGUGGAGUUUUACUUCGCCUCCGAUGCCAGUGCCAUCAUUGAGCACACCAAUAAGGUGAUCUACCUGGAGGAUGAUGACAUGGCAGCUGUGGCGGAGGGGAAGCUGUCUCUGCACCGCAUGAACCGCAGUGCUGGAGAGGACCCUGUCCGAGUCAUCCAGACCCUGCAGAUGGAGUUACAGCAGAUUAUGAAAGGCAAUUUCAAAGCCUUCAUGCAGAAGGAAAUCUUUGAGCAGCCCGAGUCUAUCUUCAACACCAUGAGAGGCCGGAUCUGCUUUGACACAAGCACAGUGGUGCUCGGUGGUUUAAAGGAUCAUCUGAAAGAGAUCAAGAGAUGCCGCCGCCUCAUUAUAAUUGGCUGUGGCACCAGCUUUCACGCAGGACUUGCAACCCGGCAGGUCCUGGAGGAACUAACAGAGCUGCCCGUCAUGGUGGAGCUGGCCAGCGACUUUCUGGACCGCACUACUCCGGUCUAUAGAGAUGAUGUUUGCUUUUUCAUCAGUCAAUCAGGUGAGACAGCUGACACUCUGAUGGCUCUGCAAUAUUGUAAGCAGAACGGGGCUCUCACCGUGGGCGUCACCAACACUGUGGGCAGCUCCAUUUCCAGAGAGACUGCCUGCGGAGUCCAUAUCAAUGCCGGGCCUGAGAUUGGCGUAGCCAGCACCAAGGCCUACACUAGUCAGUUUGUGUCUCUGAUCAUGUUUGGUCUGAUGAUGAGUGAGGACAGGCUCUCGCUGCAGAAGAGGAGACAGGAGAUCAUCGACGGCCUUCGUCGACUGCCAGAGAUGAUCAAAGAGGUUUUGGCUCUUGAUAAUCAGAUCAAGAGCAUAGCCAAUGAGCUUUACCAGCAGAGGUCUCUGUUAGUUAUGGGUCGUGGCUACAACUACGCUACCUGCCUAGAGGGGGCGCUGAAAAUUAAGGAAAUCACGUACAUGCACUCAGAAGGCAUUCUGGCUGGAGAGCUGAAGCACGGACCCUUGGCUCUGAUUGACCACCACAUGCCUGUCAUUAUGGUGAUCAUGAGAGAUUCCUGCUACACCAAGUGUCACAAUGCCCUGCAGCAGGUCACAGCCAGACAGGGCCGUCCCAUCAUCCUGUGCUGCAGGGAUGACCCGGAGAGUAGUAAGAUGGCGUAUAAGACCAUCGAGCUGCCCCACACAGUAGACUGCUUGCAGGGGAUCCUCUGUGUCAUUCCCAUGCAACUCAUGUCCUUCCACCUGGCUGUACUCAGAGGAUAUGAUGUGGACUGUCCGAGGAACCUGGCCAAAUCUGUGACAGUGGAGUAACCCAUGAUAGGACGUUCUAGUAGCAAUGAAAUCGAGAACAUCUCCCAUCCUAGUGCAAUUACAAGUGUGUGUGUUUACUUGUAAGUGUGUGUGUGUGUGUAUGUGUGUGUGCGUGUGUGUGUAAAUUUUUGCAUAUUUAUGAAUUAUGACCAAAACCAGCUGAACCAAUGUGAAGGUGGUCUGUUUAUGUGCAUUCGAUCACCUUUCUUUCCAUACGUGCCUAAAAUGAAAAGAACCCUAAACUGUGCCUUAAAACCUCGGUGCACUGGAGAACGUGCUCGGCUUUCCAGAGAGCCACAGCCAGGCAGAAUGUUUACUUUUUUCAGACCAAUGUGCAAUACGUAUAAGCUAACGGGAACCUACAGACCUUACGAGGUCGUGUCGGUGAAAGAGAGCUGAAUGAGACAUGAAAGUUUAACCAUUGACGACAGCACAGAAAAACACUGUAAAGCCACCAUCCCAAAAAGUCAUCUCAUUUGACAUUUUUUUUUACUAUUUGUUCAAGUAAAUCAUUUUUCGGCUUUUCACUGAGGAAUUCUGAAUACAUUCCAAAGUGUUAUUAAGUGUACAUUAUUUUCCUUUUUUUUUUACUUUUAAAUAUUUACAUGAUUUAAGUGAUUUCAUUUAUUUAUGUUCUGUGGAAAUACAUAACUUAUUUUCUAGUUUCUAGGCCUGAGCUUGAGCAUCAGCUUUCAUUGUCCCUGGUUAGUCUUAUGUAAUUCUUUCUAUAUUCUACUUCUGUUCAUGUUUAUAUUCAUGAAUGCAAAUCAGUUUUAUUAUACUUUUUUAAAUAUGGGAUUAUGGAUUAAUGUUGUGCAUUUGAAGAUCAGUUAUUUGGAAACAAUUAUUAUUUCUAACUGUGAUCACUUUAAUUAAACAUGAAUAAAUCAUUUAUAAUUGGA